AUGAAUAAUGAAGAUUUGGAGCGUAUAACAUUCUCAAAGUAAUUUCAAUCUAAUUACGUAGUUAAACAUCCAUUUAAGGAACUGCUCAUUUCAAGAGCAGACUAGGAGUAGAUAAAUUUGAAAAUAUGAAAUUGAAUAAGCAAUUAAAAAGUUAAAGCUUUAACACUUAUGGAAGUGGUACACCUAAAGCAAGGAAGGCAAAAAAAACUAAAACAAAUAUUAUAUUAAGGAAUGAAGAAAAUGUAUUUGGCAGCAGAUUUGAUAAUGAUAAUUUAUCAAGAAAGGAUAUUUCUUCUGUUAAAAUGACAUUUGGAGCCAAAUCUGAUAAAGUUAAGUAGGACAGCACUAAAUAGGUAUUUAAUAGUAUGAGUUUAGAUAAUUUAAUAAAUAAAUGAAAAAGUAUAGAAGCAAAAAUACAAGUUUGCAUAAGAGAAGAUGAAAUGCAGAACUGAAAAGACUAUUAAUAAUAGUGAUAAUUAAUUCUAUAAGAUGAAUAAAAAGUAUGAAAAAAUUAAGCAAAAAAUUGAAUAAAUUUAUUUAGUUGAUUUAUAUAAAAUAUAUGGAUAUCAAAGGUUGAAAUAUGAAUUGAAUGUAAUUUGUUAUUUAAAUAGAUUUAUCAAGAUAAUUAUAGUUUUUUGGAACUUAGAAAAAUCAUAGUCAAAUUUAUUUAUGGAAUACUCAUAAUUUUAAAUCACAUGCAAAGAACCAUAUUUUAUAAAAUAUUUAUGUCAAUUAUAAUAUUAGAAAAUUUGGUGAUUUUUGUAUCUAAAAUCUUAUCCUUAGAUGAUGAUAAGUUCUUAGUUUAUGAAAUAAGUAUAAUAAUUUUUAUAGAAAUUAGUGGUAAUAUACAUAUACAUUGCUGAUUAAGUAUUUCGAAUACUCUCAAAAGGAAUAAUAGGACAUAAACAUGCCUAUUUUAGAGUUGUUAAAAAUUGGUUUGACCUAAUUUUAACAGUCUUAUAAAUUAAUACUACCUUAAUUCGUAAUAUAGAAUCUGUUGAUUUCUCGCCAUUGAGAUUAAUUACAUUACUUUUGUAUUUGGGAGAUUUUGUGCCAGGUAUUUAUAUUUACAAAUUAGGAUUAAAAAUUAUGUUAAAAUCUCUUGGUAAAUCAUUUAAAUACUUGUUCGAAGCUUUAAUAAUUGUGAUUAUUUUUGGACUAUUUUUUGCAACCCUUGGAUAGAGUCUUUUUCAUGGUCUUAUAAAUUAUAGAUGUCUACCUAAAUAAUAUGAUUCUUUAGAUGAAUAACCAUGGAUUUCAUGUAGAAUAACAUCUUGUCCUGAUGAUUUAGUUUGUCAAUAUGUCUCAUCAGGACCUAAUAUCCCAACAUCUUUUAAUAAUAUUUUUUCAUCUUAUGCUUAAGUAUUAAGAACAAUUACAAUGGAUGAUUGGACAUGGGUCAUGUAUUUUACUCUUAAAAGUUAUGGUACUUAUAUAUGGGUUUAUUAUUUAUUGAUAAUCUUUUUUGGUGGAUUUUUUGGAUUUAAUUUAGUUAUUGCUGUCUUAAAAAUUCAUUAUAGUUAAUAAACUAAUUAAAAAUUUAAUCAAUUUGAAGAAGAUGAUUAACAUCAAAAAGAGGAGAAAUUAAAUUUAUAAAUUCUUAAAUAAAAUGGAUUGUAUCAUCCUAUUUUAUAAUAUAAAAUGUAUUUGAAAGGAGAUCAUUAAUUAUUAAAUAAAAGUUUUUGUUCAAUGGUCUCUAGUAUAUCUGAAUAGCCUCGUAUACUAUCAGGAAAACACUAUUCUAAAUAUGAAAAUAAAUAUUAAUUUUUGAAGUAAUUUUCAUUAAAGACUUUAUUACUACCUAAAUUCUUGGAUAUUAGAAAAUAUUAGAAUUUGCUUUAGGAUUUAUAUGAUAAUUUGAUGGAGAAACCUGAUAUCAAUAUGUAGUGUUUAACUCAUAAUGAAUUUACAAGAUAUUGGGCACAUGCUAAAAAUGUAGAAUAUGUUUCAAAUAGUACAUCUGAUGUUAUGUAUUUUAAAUCAGAAACCAGUUAAAAGAUGAUAGUUUAAUAGAGAGUUCUGUAAUUUAGAUAUCAUACAAAACCAAAGAAUAAAAUGAGAAACUAAAAAGAAUUCAAAGCAUUUCCAAUAUUUAAGAGUACAAGAUUAAAAGAUAAAAUAGCAUCAUUUGCUUCUAGUGGAAUUACUUUAAUGGAUAUUCAACAUCAUUAAUCUAAGGCUACUUAAUAAUAAACAAUGUCCAUCCAUCCUAAUAAUAAUUUAUUUAUUUCAACUUAAAUCAAGAAGAAUAUUAAUACAUUUAUUUUACAUAAAGAAAAAGAAAUCUAUGUUAAAAUAUAUGGAUUUUAUCAUAAUUACAAAGCAGUAUCAGAAUUAAUCAACAAGAAAAUAUAAAUUAGAAAUGCAGAUGAGAUAAAAGAUUAUGAAGAGAAAUAUUUAUAAAUAAGAAUGUCAGAAAUGCAGACUGGAAUUAUUGAAUCUAAAAACUGUUCUAUUUCUAGUGUUAUUAAUAAUUAUGAACAUAAAAAUAUUAUUAAAAAUUCGUUAAAUCAUAUAGACUAUUUAAUUUGGUUAGUAGGAAUAAGAGGGAAAAUUAUAAUUAUUAGGAAGAUAACAUUUAUGAUUAUUACAAAUAAAUUUACAAAUUUCUUUGUGGAUUGUGUAAUUUUAAUAAAUUUUUUAUGUUUAAGUUUGAUAGGCAUUAUAUCUAAUCAAUUUCUAUCAGUAAUAGAAGAUUUUACAACAAUAGUAGUUUCACUUGAACUUGUAUUAAAGUUAAUAUCUUUUUAAACAUGUAUUAAUUAUGUUUAUGAUUAUUAUAGCAAGAUUAAUUUAAAAAGACUAACUUAUUUUUGAAUCUAUAAUCAUUAUCAUUAAUUUUAGUGAAAUGUCAUUUAGAUAGAUUCUUAACUAAUAAGACAUUAUUGCAAGAUUAUUAAGAGGCACAAAGAUUCUCUUAUUUCAUAGAUGUUUAAAAUAUAUAAGAAUGGCAGUACUAAUAGGUUUGAUAGCAAAAAGAACAUUUAAAUAAUAUAUCUAUUUGACAUUUUUAAUGUUUUUAAUGAUACUUAUAUAUGGUUUAUUGGGUAUGGCUGUUUAUGCAAGUAGCUUUGAUGAAACAACAUUACUUGGACAUUUACAUUCAUAUAAAGAUCCUUUAAAAUCUUGGAUGACUGUGUUUAAUAUUAUGACAAAUGAUGAUUGGUAUGGUGUGUUAGCAUUAGGAACAUAAGUAAAUUAAAUAUUUGCAUUUAUCUAUUCAUUUUCAAUGAUUCAUUUUUUAAAUUAUAUAACUUAUGGUUUAGUGAUGGCUAUAUUAUUGGAUGGUUUUGGAGAAUAUUUGGUAGAGAUAAAGAAAGAUUAAGAUAUAAAGUUUAAAGAUGAAGUUUCUGAUAAACAUGAUUCAGAUUCAGAUGCUGAAGAGAAUGAAAAGGAAAAGGAAAAAGCAACAAAAUCACUUAAAUAAUUAUCUUAAAACCAAUAAGUUUAAAAGGAUACUCAAUAUUGGUAUCUUUUAGAAUCUAUAUGUAACAUAUUGAUAAAUAUAAAUAUAUAGAAUAAUUAGUGAAAUAGAUAAAAACAAAGAGAAGAAAGAUUUACUUAGGAAUUAAAUGUAAGGAAUCCUUAUUUUGUUUUGAUAAGUUCAAUAAAUAGAGAAUCUUGUGUGUAAAAACUAUUAGAUCAGAAAUCUUUUAUUGGAGCAGAUUAGGAUUGAAUAUAGGAUUUAUUGUUUUAAUAGCAAUAUAAACUUAUCAUGUUUAAUAUAUGGUAGUUGUAGAUUCUUUGAUUUUGAUAACUAAUCUAUUGAUAACUGUGUAGACAAUUAUGUUAAUAAUAGCAUUAGGAUUAUUUCAUGAGAAAGGAACUUAUAUAUAAGUAUAUUUAAUAAUUAUAUUUAGCACAUUUGGUAAAUCACAGACAUAAUGUAUUUAGUAUGUUAUUAUUUAUAAUUGAUAAAUACAGAAAGUAGAAUAUUACAUUUAUUUUUAUAUUUAAGAUAUUUAAGACCAUUUAAAUUAUUGUAUUCAUUUAAACCAAUAGUUAAAUUGUAUAAUUCUUUAGUAGCUGCCUUAUAUAAUAUGAGUAAUGUGUUAAUAACAUUAUUAAUAAUUUGGACAAUGUUUGCAGUUUAUGGUAUGAUAUUAUAUUAGAAUAAAUUUGGAUUCUGUGAUGAUUUAAUGUAAUUUGAUAUAAAUAAAUAAUAAUGUGAAGAUGAAGGAAGAAGAUGGAUUACAUAUUAACAUAAUUUUGAUAAUAUUACAGUUGCCUUGCCUACAUUAUUUGUGAUAUCUACAUUUGAUGGUUGGGGUGAAAUAUUAUAAGUAGCUGAAAAUUCAAGACCUUCAUAUUAAGGUCCAUCUCCAUUUGCAAAUCAAUUGCCUACAUAUAUUUAUUUAACUCUAUUCUGUUUCAUAGGUUCCAUGUUUUUUUUAAGUUUAUUUACUGGUCUAUUGUUUCUUAAUCUAAAAGCAAGCUAAUAGAAAAUAGAAUAUGAUGAUUUAACUGUCUAUUAAUAAGAGUUCAUAUAGAUUUCAUAAAAAAUUCUUAGGGAUUCACCUUCAUUUUCAUAACCUCCUAGAAAUAUCAUAAGAAGAAUAGCUUAAAAAUUAAAUAAUAAUUAAUACUUUUAAUAUCUUUCAUUUCUUAUACUAAUACCAGAUACAAUAAUUUAAAUGUCUUUUUAUUAAGAUAUGGAUGUAGAAUUGGCAGUAGAAUUAAAUAAGUAUUAUGAGAUAAUAUCAAUGUUAUUUACAUUUUGGGUUAUAGUGUAACUCUUAGAUUAUGGAUUUAAAAGAUUUAUAGAUGAUUAAUGGAGAAAAUUCUAUUCAUUGAUAGUUAUAAUUUCAAUAUUUGAAUUGAUUGCAACACAAAAAUAUGAUUUAUUUAGAAUUUAAUUUACAUCUACAAUGUUUACUGAGAAUUAUCAGAUUAUUAGAUUAUUAUUUGCUUUAAGGAAUCUUAGAAUCUUAAUAUUAUUUAAGGGAUUUGAUGAUCUCUAAAGAUUAAUUAGAGUAAUGAUAUUCUCAUUUCCAUUUUUGGGAAAGAUAUUAUUUAUUUUGGUAGUAACAACAUUGUCUUAUGCUUUAUUAGGAUGUUAAUUAUUUGGACAUAUUGAUAAAGGAAUUAUAAUAGAUUCUUAGAUUAAUUUUUCAACUUUUACAAGUUCUCUUUUGACCUUAUUAAAGUGUGGAUCUUGUGAUAAUUUUAGAAAUAUAAUGGCUGAUACAAUGAUUCAUAAUAUUUACUGUUAUGAUGAUCCUCGAUAUUGUGGAUCAUAAUUUGCAUAAAUUUACUUCAUUUCCUUUGUUUUCAUUUCUAAUUAUGUAUUAUUAAAUUUAUUUGUUUUGGGAUUGAUUGAAUAAUUUGAGAAAUUCUUUUAAUCAGAAAAUUCAAUACUUUAAGUAUAUAUCGAAUCAAUUGAUAAAAUAAAAACUGUUUGGUGUAAAUACUCAUACCAAAGACAUGGAAAAGCUAUGCAUUAUUUAUAGAUUUGUAAAUUUCUUUUAGAAAUUGGUUAACCAUUCACACAUGUUAAAGAUAAUAUUUGGGAUGCAGCACGUUUGGCUGGAUACUUAAAAAUUAGAACUGAUGAUAGAGGCUAUAUUUAAUUUAAUUCUUUAAUAUAUGAAAUAUUUAGAAGAACUUUUAAAUAGUAAGUUUUUAAAUAAGGAUCUGAAGAUUCAAUUAAAAUAAUUAAAAAAUUUAAUAAGGAGAUGCAAAUGAGACUUUUUUAUUUUAGAAGAGACAAAUUAUAAAAGAGAUCAUUUAUUGCUACAUAUGUUGAAUUUAAUAGUAAUUUUAGUAUAGCAAGUGAUUAUCUUUCAAUAUUAGUUAUUUUUAAAGCUUGGUAAAAUUAUACAAAAUAAUUAAUUAAAAGAUCUAAAUUAGAAUAAGAAGAUUUUUCAGAUAAUUCUUCAUUUGGAUAAGAAAUAUAGUAAUUUAAUUUAUUUAUUAUAUUAGAGAUAUUGAUAUAUUUUCAAGAGUAGAUGAAGAAGAAGAAUAAAGUAAAGAAAAUUUAACUAGAAAGAUUCCAUCAAAUCCUAUUAAAUCUAAUUAAUGUUUAACAUUUGAAAGUGAUCAUAACCUCAAUUUUAAAUAAUUGGAUUUACCUGUUUAUAAUGAUAAUGAACAUUAUUUAACACCAAAAAGAGAUGUUUCUAAAAUGACUUCAAAUCUGCUUCAAUAAUUGCAGAAAAGAACUAUCAUAAAACCUAAAAAAGAAUCAAAUACUCCAUCCUCUAUUAUUAAAUAGUCUACUAAAAUGGUCAGAUAUCCAGCAGAUAUAAUAUUCAAUUAAUAAAACCAUCAAAAAAAUUAAAGCAAUCUCAACUAAAGUGCGAAUAACUCUUUUAGAUCUUUUAUAUCGCAUACUGAAUCAUCAUUAUCUUCAAUUGAUGGAAUACCUGGAAUGAUAAUCUGA